AGGGAGCGACACCAGCCACCCUCCAUUUCCUUUUCACCAACAAUGCAGCAUGUUCAAAUGCUGUGUCCUCAACACUUCCCUAGCUUCUCCUCCCCUUUCUCUGCCCCUUUUGUGUGCUAUCUUUUGUUUUUGUUCAGUGUCCAACUUGGAAGCGCAACCUCGUGGUCACUUCUAACUGGUAAUACUCAGUCCUUUCCUGGUUGUUUAAUCUUCCACCUGUGAGUAUCCACGUGGGCAGUUUUCAAAGGUGAAAGCCUAGAUGGCUCCACGCUCUGCCCCCACUGCUUUGGGCCUCAAGAUAAGGAUUCCUGAGUUAGUGGCAGGAACCAGGAGGUGGCUGGGCCACUCCCGCCCUGACAUUCCUGGAACCCUGCAGGACGCAAAGGGUUGAGGGAAGUGACUCUAACGGGCAGCACUUUCUAGAAGAUUCUGAGAUGGUGGGCCAGACAUGCAGAGAUGCUCGUACUCUAAAAGCGUGGCUCCAUAUGGGCAGCCUUCAUCUCGCAGAACCACAGUCACUAUGUGUGCUGGGGAAGAGAAUUGGGUGGACAAUCGGACUAUUUAUGUUGGGCAUCGUGAACCUCCUUCAGGCACUGAAGCAUACAUUCCACAGAGGUAUCCAGAUAACAGGAUAGUCUCAUCAAAGUACACAUUUUGGAACUUUGUACCGAAGAACUUGUUUGAGCAGUUCAGAAGGAUAGCUAACUUUUAUUUUCUCAUCAUUUUUCUUGUUCAGUUAAUUAUUGAUACACCAACCAGUCCAGUAACAAGUGGACUUCCGCUUUUCUUUGUCAUCACUGUAACAGCUAUCAAACAGGGUUAUGAAGAUUGGCUUCGACAUAAAGCAGACAAUGCAAUGAACCAAUGCCCUGUUCAUUUCAUUCAGCAUGGCAAACUGGUUAGAAAGCAAAGCCGAAAAUUAAGAGUUGGAGACAUUGUGAUGGUAAAAGAAGAUGAAACAUUCCCAUGUGACUUAAUAUUUCUAUCAAGCAGCAGAGGGGAUGGAACAUGUUUUGUUACAACAGCUAGUUUGGAUGGUGAAUCUAGUCAUAAAACUUACUAUGCUGUUCAAGAUACCAAGGCAUUUCAUAAUGAACAAGAUAUCGAUGCACUGAAUGCUACCAUUGAAUGUGAACAACCUCAGCCUGACCUUUAUAAAUUUGCUGGUCGAAUAAAUGUUUACCAUGAUAGGAAUGAACCUAUUGCAAGGCCAUUAGGAUCUGAAAAUCUGCUUCUUAGAGGAGCUACUUUAAAGAACACAGAGAGAAUCUUUGGUGUUGCUAUAUACACUGGCAUGGAAACUAAGAUGGCAUUAAAUUACCAGUCAAAAUCACAGAAACGAUCUGCUGUUGAAAAAUCAAUGAAUGUAUUCCUUAUUGUAUACCUCUGUAUUCUAAUCAGUAAAGCAGUAAUAAAUACUACCCUGAAGUAUGUCUGGCAGAGUGAUCCAUUUCGUGAUGAACCGUGGUAUAAUCAGAAAACAGAGUCAGAAAGGAAAAGAAACCUGAUACUUAGAGCAUUUACAGACUUCCUUGCGUUCAUGGUUCUUUUCAACUACAUUAUUCCUGUAUCAAUGUAUGUCACAGUGGAAAUGCAGAAGUUUCUUGGUUCUUAUUUCCUCACUUGGGAUCAAGAAAUGUUUGAUGAGGACACAGGUGAAGGACCUCUGGUGAAUACUUCUGACCUCAAUGAGGAAUUAGGACAGGUUGAGUAUGUCUUCACAGAUAAAACGGGAACAUUAACUGAGAACAAUAUGGAAUUCAUAGAAUGCUGCAUUGAAGGGCAUGUUUAUAUACCUCAUGUCAUCUGUAAUGGGCAAAUCCUCCAUGAUUGUACAGGCAUUGAUAUGAUCGACUCUUCUCCAGGAGGAAGCGGGAAAGAGAGAGAGGAGCUAUUUUUUCGGGCUCUUUGUCUUUGUCACACUGUUCAAGUGAAAGAGGAUGACAAUAUAGAUGGAUUAAAGAAAGCCCAAUUGUCCGGAAGAUCUUGUGUGUAUAUAUCAUCAUCACCUGAUGAAGUAGCUUUAGUUGAAGGAAUACAGAGGCUUGGUUACACAUAUUUAAGGCUGAAGGACAACUUUAUGGAAAUUUUAAAUCCAAAAAAUGAUAUUGAGAGGUUUGAAUUGUUAGAGAUGUUGAGUUUUGAUUCUGUAAGGAGGCGAAUGAGUGUGAUUGUCCGAUCAGUGGCAGGUGAAAUUUUUCUCUUUUGUAAGGGAGCAGAUUCGUCUAUAUUUCCUAGAGUUACAGAAGGCAAAAUAGACCAAAUACGAUCAAGAGUUGAGCGCAAUGCAGUGGAGGGACUACGAACAUUGUGUGUUGCAUAUAAAAAGUUCACACGCAAAGAGUAUGAUAGUGUAUGCAAGCUGCUUCAGAAUGCAAAGCUAGCCCUUCAUGAUCGGGAAAAGAAACUGGCAGAGGCAUAUGAGCAGAUAGAGAAAGAUCUUAUUUUGCUUGGUGCUACAGCUGUUGAGGACCAGCUGCAAGAAAAAGCUGCUGACACGAUUGAAGCACUCCAGAAAGCUGGCAUUAAAGUUUGGGUUCUGACUGGAGACAAAAUGGAGACUGCUGCUGCCACAUGCUAUGCCUGCAAACUCUUCAGAAGAAACACCCAGCUACUUGAGCUAACCACAAAGAAAAUUGAGGAACAGAGUUUACAUGAUGUAUUGUUUGACCUAAGCAAAACUGUACUAAAGCACAGUGGCAGCUUAACCAGGGACAACUUCUCUGGACUUUCAACUGAUAUGCAAGAUUAUGGUUUAAUUAUUGAUGGAGCAGCAUUAUCAUUAAUAAUGAAACCUAGAGAAGAUGGGAGCUCUGGUAACUAUAGAGAGCGCUUUCUUGAAAUUUGCAGGAACUGCAGUGCAGUGUUAUGCUGUCGAAUGGCACCUUUGCAGAAAGCACAGAUCGUAAAAUUGAUUAAAUUAUCAAAGGAACACCCUAUCACAUUAGCAAUUGGUGAUGGAGCAAAUGAUGUCAGUAUGAUUCUAGAAGCACACGUUGGUAUAGGAAUCACUGGAAAAGAAGGCCGUCAAGCUGCAAGAAAUAGUGACUAUGCAAUACCUAAAUUUAAACAUUUGAAAAAAAUGUUGCUUGUUCAUGGGCAUUUUUAUUAUGUUAGAAUAUCAGAGCUUGUGCAAUACUUCUUUUAUAAGAAUGUCUGCUUCAUUUUUCCUCAGUUUUUAUACCAGUUCUUCUGUGGGUUUUCACAACAGCCUUUAUAUGAUACUGCGUAUCUAACACUAUACAAUAUCAGCUUCACAUCUCUUCCUAUCCUCUUGUACAGUUUAAUGGAACAACAUGUCAGUACAGAGAUGCUCAAGAGAGAACCUUCACUGUACAGGGAUAUUGCCAAGAAUGCUCUUCUGCGCUGGCGUGUAUUUAUUUAUUGGACGUUCUUGGGACUGUUUGAUGCUGUGGUAUUUUUUUUUGGUGCCUAUUUCUUGUUUGACAACACAACUGUGACCAGCAAUGGACAGAUGUUUGGAAACUGGACCUUUGGAACACUGGUGUUUACUGUGCUAGUAUUUACAGUUACAUUGAAGCUUGCACUAGAUACACACUACUGGACAUGGAUAAACCACUUUGUGAUCUGGGGAUCGCUGCUGUUCUACAUUAUCUUUUCCCUCCUCUGGGGAGGAAUUAUCUGGCCUUUUCUCAAUUAUCAGAGGAUGUACUAUGUUUUCAUGCAGAUGCUGUCUAGUGGUCCUGCAUGGCUGGGUAUCAUUUUGCUCAUAACUGUCAGCCUUCUUCCAGAUGUACUCAAGAAGGUUUUAUGCAGACAGUUGUGGCCCACAGCAACAGAAAGAACCCAGAUUAUGUCCAGGCACUGUCAGGACCACACUUCAGAAUUCACACCUCUUGCCUCUCUGCAAAACCCAAGAUAUAGGAGCAAUGACUGCAGCAAUUCCCCAGCCAGGAGGUCUAAUUCUCAUUCUAAAAAAAGGAUGUUUACGCACUGGAGAGGCAAUGAUUAUUCAAUACUUCCAUCUAUCUUUGGCUAUUCAAAUAACCGUUGCAAUUCCAGUGCAAGAUACUGCUACAGUGGGUCAGGUUUGGAAACAUCCGUAUGACAGAUCACCAAUUCAAGCCUUUAAGAACUGCAUUUUUCUUUCUUUUUUGCAAAAACAGGAAACAUGUCACAGAACUGUACUACAAUACACUUGGGUUUUCCUGUCUGAAAUAAUGUUCAGACAAAUAGGUUCAAGAGCUAUAAGUAUGAAUCUUUCCAGGCCUGUUGGCCCCUUUUUUAUGUUUUGAACUGCUGCAGCAAUGAACAAUCCGCACAGUCUGGUACUGUGAGACUGAUAGCACUAGAAAUUCUCUUCAGGCUGUGUCAAGAUGUUUGUGCGUUUGUUGCUUCUGUUGUCAUUAGUCAUUUUUUGUAUUACUUGAAGUGUAUAGUUUAAGUCAAUGACCUACAUUUUGAGAUCGACAGUUUCAAUUUUCAGCCAGAAGCAAUGACCUCAGAUAACUCCAGUGAAAGUCACUUAAAGAAUAUUUAACAA